GCUUCCAGAGCGUUCUAUAAUCCUAUUGGCUACAGACCCGAGUACGUCAAGAAACCAGGAAGUAAAGCGGUUUUUUUGUGAUGAGAAGAAAAUGCUGGGGGAUCUUUUAAUAUUCGGGACGCUGCUGGUGAACGCGGGAGCCGUGCUGAACUUCAAGCUGAAGAGGAAGGAGGCGCAUGGGUUUGGAGAUGAGUCCGGAGCUCCGACGACAGGUGACAACAUCAGGGAGUUCCUCCUCAGCCUGCGAUACUUCAGGAUCUUCAUCGCUCUCUGGAACGUCUUCAUGAUGUUCUGCAUGAUCCUACUCUUUGGAUCAUGAUGAUCGUCUAUAAGGCGCCUCCGUGAGGAUUUGAGAUUUUCCGGCCCAGAUGCUCCAAACCUCUGCGUGCUGAGGCACUCCCGCUUCUCCGACCCUUUUAAUUGCAAUAACUUCUCAUGUUCAAAUCCCUGAAGUUUCAGCGACCGUCGGUCUGAAUCGGGCGUCUGGGAUCGUAUUUACUUUGCUCUCAUGUUGGAUCUCCUCAGCUUCAUGUGUCGCCUCCGUGUUGGAAGAUGUUUUUUUUUUUUUUCUGCGCUGCGAUCCAGUUUUAUUCCUACGCAGAACGCUCCUUGUGCACGGUUCUGACUUCAGGUAGAUUUAAACAAAACAAAAAAAAGAAAAAUAAAUGUCAGCACUCGUGGGACCCGCGCUCUUCGUUUCUGUUGCGGCACGUUUUAUUCGUCUGAUGUGUGAGAAGUUUCAGAUUUGAACAUGUUCCUUUAAAAAGCUGUAAAUGUAACUUGUUAGGGGGGGGAAAUGCUGUAUAAACACUAUAUUGUAAAGGUCCUCAUUCCUAUUAAAAAUAAUUAUUUCUACUGUU